ACAAGAGGAAAAGCAGGGUGUGAAGACGGGCCUCGUAGGGCUUGGGGGGAAGCAUCCGAAGCCAGCUGGUCUGGCUUUGAGGUAAAUCAAUGGAUGGAGUGACACAAAAGCGGUAAAAAGAAGAGGAAGAGUUGUACAAGACAAGAUAAAGAAAGUCAAUAUACACAUGAGGAAGGAGAUUGGAGCAGCAGGUUCUGUGAAAGCAUCUAAAAAAGGACAUUUUCUUUCCCCAAGGAGGACAAAACACCAGAGAGCUGAAAGCCAAGGAUGCAUUGAGUGCACAAUAAGAGAUAGAUGCAGAACAUUCUGGUCCAAUAAAGAGGAUAGUGUUUCUCUGAUUGUUUGAUUGUGGUGUGGCCUGUUGAAGAGUGUACAGAGAAGAGUGGAAGAGUACACAAGAAGAAAGACUGUUGCACAAUGUACUAGGGGAGUGGGUGAAGAAAGCGUGUUGUUUUGAUAUCGUUGAGGUGUCUGAGAGACAGGAAAACACCCAGCCAUGGGGAGGAAGAAGAUACAGAUCACCAGAAUCAUGGAUGAAAGGAACAGGCAGGUUACCUUCACAAAGAGGAAGUUUGGCUUGAUGAAAAAGGCCUAUGAGCUGAGCGUACUAUGUGACUGUGAGAUAGCCCUCAUCAUUUUCAACAGCUCUAACAAACUGUUCCAGUACGCUAGCACAGACAUGGACAAAGUGUUGCUGAAAUACACAGAGUACAACGAGCCCCAUGAGAGCAGAACCAACUCUGACAUUGUAGAGGCGCUAAACAAGAAAGAACACAGAGGUUGUGAUAGCCCGGACCCCGAUGCUUCAUAUGUCCUCACUCCUCACACAGAAGAAAAGUAUAAAAAAAUUAAUGAGGAGUUUGAUAAUAUGAUGAGAAAUCAUAAAAUCCCUACAGCAUUGCCCCAGCAGAACUUCUCCAUGCAUGUGGCAGUGCCCGUAUCCAAUCCUAAUGCCAUGUACCAGGCAGGAGGGAAUCUAGGCAGCCAGGCCCUGGCAGCAGCCACAGCCUCUCUGAGUGAGAGUGGGAUGCUGUCCCCUCCGCAGGCCUCUCUGCACAGGAAUGUUGGCUCCAGUGGAGGCUCUCAGAGGCCCACCAGUGCAGGCAGUGCAGGUGGCAUGCUGGAUACCACAGACCUUUCAGUGCCAAGUGGUGCGGGCCCCAGCCCAGCGGGGAAUGGUUUUGUUAACCCCAGGGGCUCACCGGGCCUCCUCAGCACUCCCAGCGGCAAUGGCCUGGGUAAAGUCAUGCCCACCAAGUCUCCGCCACCUCCUGGAGGGAACAUGGGGAUGGGAAGCCGCAAGCCAGACCUUAGGGUUGUUAUCCCUCCAUCAAGCAAAGGGAUGAUGCCCCCACUGUCGGAGGAGGAGGAAAUGGAUUUGAGCACCCAGAGGAUAAGCAGUUCCCAGUCCACCCAACCGCUUGCCACUCCUGUAGUGUCUGUUACCACCCCCAGCUUACCCCCACAGGGCCUGAUCUACUCAGGCAUGCCCACCUCCUACAAUCCUGCUGAGUACUCCCUGAGCAGUGCAGAGAUCUCUUCCCUGCAGGGCUUCAGCUCUCCUGGGCUUUCACUGGGCUCCAUGUCGGCAUGGCAACAGCAUCAACUGGGCCAGGCAGCUCUUAAUUCUUUGGUUGGUGGAGGUCACUUACCUCAGGGCUCUAACCUAUCCAUCAGCACCAACCAGAGCAUAAACAUCAAGUCCGAGCCCAUUUCUCCACCACGGGAGCGAGUCACCCCAUCUGGCUUCCCCCCGCAACAACCUCAGCAAGGGUCCAGCCGACAGGAAGUUCUGGGACGUUCACCUGCUGACAGCCUCAGCUCGUCUUGUAGCUCAUAUGAUGGGAGCGACCGUGAAGACCACCGGCCAGACUUCCACUCCCCGCUGGGACUUGGAAGACCCCCUGCUGGCUCUGAAGACAGGGAGAACCCAUCGGUCAAGCGCUUGCGCAUGGACACGUGGGUGACAUAAAGAGCCCUGGUCAAGCCUCCAGUCACCAGCCAGUCAGAGAGAGAGGGAGGGGUUAGGCAUGGAGAAAAUAGGGGGAUUCAGAGCCCUUAAAGCUAUUAUUAUGAUAAUAUUAUUCAACUCCACUUCAAUUUGUAAGACUGAAAUGUAAUAUUAUAAGACAUGUCAGGACAUAUCUAAAGAAAAUUCUCAAACUGUUUCAGGAAGAUGACAAAAAUAUCAGGUGGCUGGACUGAGUUAUGUGCACAACCAGGUGGUAUCAGGUACUUGGUGCAUUUCAGAUGGCAUCUGCAAAGGAAAGAUGUUCCAAGAAAAACUGUUAAACAAUAGGCGAUAGAUUAUUGUAGUCACUGGUCUAGUCAGACACUUACGUGUAGUUGCUGUUUAGCUGUUGUGCUCGCAAGUUUGCAACAAUCAGAGAAAGUUGUGUUGCUUUCAGACUGAGGAAACUCUCAAUACAUAUGAUGCUCAAUGCAUAAACUAUCUUUAAAACAAUGCUGUAACCACACACCAACUUUAUAUCAAAUGGCCUCUUGUGAUUUGAUCAGGAGACACAGAGCACUUGCAGAAUUUUGAUAAUACAGUAAACAAUCACAACAGUUUGGACUAUUGUAGUGAACACAGGAAUAGAAAAUGUGGGAGGUAAAAGCAAAAUAACAUCAAAUUUUAUUGCAAUAAUGUCAUAUUAUUCAUUUUAUAAUUUAAAAGAGUAGGUUAUAUAAAUACGCAAUUAAGUUAAAGCAACCCUGCCCAGUUGAGCUGGUGAGAAAGUCAACAUGUUCACUUUUGUGUAACAGUUCAUCAGUAAUAUAAGCCAAAGCUGUUUUUGUGUUGUUUUGUACAGUUGCUAUUAUUUCCUAACAGUUCACUCAAAUGCGCCCUUUCUUUCAUCCUAGUUUUAUUUUUUAUUGUUCUUUAUUCAAGUGUAAAAUCGUUUAAACCAGAUCUUGAAUCGAUAUCUAAAGCCAUGAACAUUUGCUGUUCUGUUUGUACAAUUGAAAAUUUGAGCCAAACAUUGUCUUUUGUUGUGUAAAUAGCAACUUUAAUAUAUAUUAACCAGGAGGGUGAGUACAUGCUCAAUGCACUGUAUGAUCGCCAUUUUCAAGAAAAGUAUAUUUUUGUGGUUUACAGCCAAGUUUACAAGAGUGGACCCUUAGAAUACAGAUCAUUCUCUGGUCAGUACUAUUUUCUUUAAACUGACUCAUCACCAUAACCUCCCAUGUGUUUCAGUCGCAGAUGGUGGAUUUGUUUAGUCUUUAUUAGCAGUGAUUGUUUGCUGAAGACACUGUAACAACAAUGCAAAGAAGUUGACGUUCCACUACUUCAGUGUUUUCUGAAGGAUGAUCACAAGGCUUGGGGAAAUAAUGUUUCUUCCCACCUAUUGUGUUUGCUGCACACCAGCAGGUGCUGAAUACACUGCCACCAUUCAUACCCAAGGUCCUGGCCCCACAUUGGAAAAUAAUCUAUUGUUAUAGCAGCUGAAAGACAUGGCAUCUCUAAAAGCUACUUCCUCAGACAUUCUGCAGACUCAUGGAAUUUUAACAGAAGACAAACCUUGUAAAGUGGCUGCUGACCUUAAGAUAAAACCAAUAAUUUGCCCAGUGUGUGGUUGUAAAUAUCACAGUUUAAAAUAAUGUUUCCAUCACUGGCUACAGAAAUUGUAUCACAUAUCCAUGUCUCUUUAGUGAGAGUGCUGUAGCCCAGCAGUCUGAAACUUAGAAGCCAAGAAAAGUGAAAAUCGUCCAAAGGCAUUGAAGCCAAGUACACCCAAGCUGUUACAGCGUGAGCCUGAUGCCUGUGGUUGUUACACUGUAGAGGACAGAAAAGAAAGGGGCUUGUUUGAUUUCUCCAUCAUGACAGACAUAAAUCAUUCAGCAGUUAAAUCAUAACCCAACACGCUGACUGAUUUCAGUGUCACUGCUGAGAUGCACACAUUUGCAAGAGAAUUUUGCUGUAUGAGAAAGACAUUGCUCUGCAUUCGCCACGGCAUCUCUUGUAUGCGUUUAUGACUUAUGCCACCCCCAUCAUUAUUUCCAUAGCAAUUCUCUAUGCACUUCUAACCCCAGCUCAUAUAAAAUAUGAAGGAUAUGAUGUCAUUACAAGUCAUAUUUAGUCUGCAGUCCAUCAGGAGAAAAAUGUCAGACUGUUAGCCUCUUACUCAGAAGUGCCACAGGUGGAAGUUGCUGGACUACAACUUUUAUAUAUUGCAGUCCAGUAAUUUGUUUGGGCCACCUCUUCGUAUAUAUUAAUAAACAUACAUACAUAAUGUAUAAUAAUUCAUAUUGUUAUCCAGUUUAACACAGCAGGGGAAAAUAGCAAUAAUAAAUGACUACAACACAAAUUGUCAGCCUGUCUUGGAAGCAUCACCUCGUAGUUGAGCACAUAUUUUAGCACUUGAUAACAUAUCAGGGAAUUUUGUAGUUGCUCUGUCAAUAUGCACAGUUAGCAAAUGCCUUAUCCCAAAGAGAAAUUGCACCACUUUUAUUUUCUCUCAGUUAAAAAGAAAAAAAGAGACAAUGCAGAUAUGACUCAGACUCAACCAGACCUGCCUCCUCUCAGAAUGGACUCACACAAGACAAUGCCUGGUGAAUGCACUGCGAUAAGCUUUGCUCCUUUGGUCCCUGUCCAAAUUGUGCACAACUGAUGAAUGUGAAAGGAAAAAGUAAUUGAUGAACCUCUGUAGAGGACUUUCUUCACUUUGCUGUGCAAGAGUACACUGCUUUGCUUCAUGGCUUUUAUAAACAGAACUAUGUGUUUGGUAAGUGUUUGUAGUUGAUAGUUCACUUAAUUAAAAGAAGCUGUUUUCGGUUUGAAUGUUCAGACCGUUUGGCGGCACAAGCUGGACUUUGUUGCCAAUAACAAAUUUUUUUUUGUUUCAAAAUCUAAAUAGAUUUUAAGUUAAUCUGCAUUUUAUUUCCCUUGAAUGUGUUAUUUUAUUUUCGACAUACAAUAAAUAUUCAAGUGAACUUUUUAUUAAACGAUUAAGAUACUAUGCUAGAUGUUGUACAAAAUUUGUAUUCUACACAAAAGUAAAAUAUUGGCUUUGAAAUGUGUAAUUUAGUUUAUCUCUCUUAUUCUGUAUAAAAUGAAGUAAACAACUCUUUCAUAGAAUUUGUUCUCCUGUGAAGUCCCAAACAGUAGAAACUGUCAACUUUAUUAAACACCUCAGUGUAUGCUCAAUCUGAA